ACAAUAGUCACAAUCAUUUUGUGACAAAAUAGUUGUACAACACUUGAUAUCAUAUCCUUUAGCUCAAAACCAAUUACUUAAUCAUGAACAACCUACCAUCACCCACCGGAGCAAUUCACACUAAUUACCGGUUAACCCUUCAAGUCCUUCGCGGCCGGUGGUUCUACCUUUUCGCCUCCUUCCUAAUAAUGUCCGGGGCAGGCGCCACCUACCUCUUCGGCGUCUACUCCCCGGACAUUAAAACCACCCUCGGGUAUGACCAAACCACCCUCAACCUCAUAGGAUUCUUCAAAGACGUCGGUUCAAGCGUCGGUGUCAUCUCCGGCCUAACCGCUGAACUCCUCCCACCAUGGUGUCUCCUCCUCAUUGGCGCCGCGGUCAACUUCACCGGCUACUUCAUGAUCUGGCUCUCCGUCACCAGCCGCAUCGCGGAACCACGUGUUUGGCACGUGUGCAUGUACAUGUGCAUUGCAGCCAAUGCUCAAAACUUUGAAAACACAAGUGUUUUAACCACAACAUUAAGAAACUUCCCGGAAAAUAGAGGUGUUGUGUUGGGUUUGUUAAAGGGUUUCACCGGUUUAAGUGGAGCCAUUUUGGCUCAAAUUUAUUUAGCAGUUUAUGGUGAUGAACAUUCUAAAGAUGUUAUUCUUUUGAUUGCAUGGCUUCCUGCGGUUUUAUCGGUGGUUUUUGUUUAUACAAUUAGAGAGAUUGAUGGUGUUAAAGGGAAAGAAGUUGAUGAGCUUAGGGUUUUCUAUCAGUUUUUGUAUGUAUCUAUAGUUCUUGCUUUGGUUAUUAUGGGUAUUACUAUAGCUCAAAAGAUGGUGGAUUUUUCUCCGGCGGGUUAUGCCGGCGGCUGCGCCGCCGUGUGUUUUCUACUCUUUGCACCUUUGUUUAUUUCAAUUAAGCAAGAGUUGGAAGUCUUGAAGAAAAGUAAUCAAGAAGGAAUUAGGGUUUGUGAGGUUAGGUUAGAGAAUUUGGAUGAUAUUCAUGAUCAUGAUCUUGAUCAAGAUCAAGAGGCAAAAUCAAGAUUAUCUUGUUUUGAAAGUAUUUUCUUGAACAAGCCCAAAAGAGGGGAAGAUUAUUCGAUUUUACAAGCGUUGUUAAGCGUUGAUAUGGUGAUUCUUUAUGUCGCGACGUUUUGUGGGCUUGGGACAAGUUUUACCGCGGUUGAUAACCUAGGGCAAAUCGGGGAGUCAUUAGGGUACCCUAGGAAAUCGAUAAGUACAUUCGUGUCGCUCCUAAGUAUUUGGAACUACUUCGGGAGAAUCUUUUCGGGGUUUGUGUCGGAACAUCUUUUAAUCAAGUACAAAUUCCCUAGGCCACUUAUGAUGACGCUAGUACUUUUUAUGUCGUGCAUUGGUCACCUCUUGAUUGCUUUUCCUUUUUCGGGAUCUGUGUACAUUGCGUCUAUAAUCAUUGGGUUCUCGUUUGGUGCGCAACUCCCUUUAAUUUUUGCUAUUGUUUCUGAGCUAUUUGGACUCAAGCGCUUUAGCACGUUGUUCAACUGCGCACAGCUGGGAGGCCCGGUUGGAUCGUAUGUUUUGAAUGUCAGGGUUACAGGGCCGAUGUAUGACCGCCAGGCGUUGAAGGUGUUGGAAAGAAGUGGUUUGGAUCGAUCAUCGGUUAAGGAGUUGGUUUGUAUUGGUAAAGAAUGCUAUAGGUGGUCGUUUAUGAUGUUGGGUGGUGUUUGUUGCUUUGGUGCAUUGGCUACACUUGUGUUGGUGGCUAGAACUAGAGAGUUUUACAAUGGUGAUAUUUAUAGCAAGUUUAAAGAGCAAAAGAAGGUGGCAAAGAUUGAAGAUUCACAACUCGGUUAGGGUUGACUCAGUUUAAAGAUAACUCGUUUUGGAGGAAUUGAAAGUGUAAUUAUUUUUAUCUUACUAUGCCUAAUGGUGUUUAAAUAGGCUUGGCUUGUAAUACGCUUGAAAUAUAAUAAAAUCAGCUCGGCUCAAGCUAACUUGCUCGUA